CGGAAGGCUGACCAGUAGCGUGUGUCUGGUGGACAACAGAUUCAGGGUCAAACUUGCAGACUUUGGCCCGACUUCUAUUUUUUCGAAACUCAUGAUCAGCGAUGAGUCGCAAGAGUUCAAACAAGAAUGUCUAUGGAGGGCUCCCGAAUUACUGCGGUCCGGGAACCUGGUCGGCAGCAAGGAGGGCGACGUCUACAGUUUCGGAAUCAUUCUACAGGAAGUGUUCACCGCCGAUGCACCAUUCGGGAUGGAGACUGUGACCAUUGGCGUGGAGUGUGUUAUCGAGAACAUCAUGGAUAUGGAAGGAGAACCGUUUCGCCCUGAGUUCAAUGUUCCUGAAAGUUUUAAGCCAGUAAAGGACCUGGCUAUACGUUGUUGGUCAGAGUUGGCGCAUCAUCGCCCUCUAAUGGCCAACGUAAAGAGAGACAUCAACGAGAUAGCAAUUCAGAUGGGUGCCAAUGGGAGUCUGGUGGACAGUCUCCUGCGUCGUAUGGAGCAGUAUGCCAACAACCUGGAGAAGCUGGUGGAUGAGAAGACCCUUGAGUUGAAGGAGGAGAAGAAGAAGACAGAGGAUCUUCUGGAUCAAAUAUUACCCAGACCGGUUGCCAACCAGUUGAAACUGGGUCAGAGAGUGACACCAGAUGCAUUCGAGUCUGUUACUGUCUGUUUCACCGAUAUCUGCGACUUCACGGUGCUGUCAUCGAAGUCCUCCCCAAUGCAGGUAGUCGACCUCCUGAACGAUUUAUACUCCUGUUUCGACGACAUCAUUGAAAACUACGACGUCUACAAGGUAGAAACAAUCGGAGAUUCCUACAUGGUGGUGUCUGGUCUCCCGGUGAGGAAUGGAAACAUGCAUGCCCCCGAGAUAUCGCGGAUGUCUCUCAACUUACUCCAGGCAAUUGAUAAUGUCAAGAUCAUCCAUCUUCCUGAAGAGAGGCUGAAACUCAGGAUAGGUUUGCAUUCAGGUCCAGUCUGUGCCGGUGUCGUGGGGAUAAAGAUGCCCCGGUACUGUUUGUUCGGUGAUACAGUAAAUACUGCCUCCCGGAUGGAAUCUCACGGUGAAGAAUGUAAGAUUCACAUCAGUGGGGAAACUAAGAUCAUCUUGGACAACCAUGGGUCGUUCAAGGUAACGCUGCGUGGAAACAUUAAUAUUAAGGGCAAGGGGAAGAUGGACACGUACUGGCUGCUGGGCGAGGACACGAAGGGGGACCAAUUUUGACCUACCUGAUAACUGAGGAGCACGGCGGAAAGAAACGGAAGAUCGUCCUUUAAUGUUUGUUCUGACAAUAUCGAAUUUGCAAGAUUAUAGCCGGAGUUCAUCAACAAAGUGUCUCCUAUUUUAUGUCAUAAAUUUUGGUUUUGUUUGUGCAAAGUGUCACUCCUCCUUAUAUAGUCUCUGUUUUCCUAACUUAAGUUAAGUCAUGAUCUUUAUCGUAAUGUAUAUAUGCCUAUAUAGCUUCAAUACCUCGAUUCCUUCUUAAUUCUCUUACACUGACAAUUAAAAUUUAAUAGAAACACCACAUGUGUCAUUUGAGUUUUACGAUUUUUUUUUAAUUCAAGUCAAGAGAAUUUGUCGUGGCGACCUGUCCGCCAGUUCAUCGUAAACUUUAGUUUUCGAUAUAUCCUUCAAUCAGCUGAAAUUGUGUGUAUGUGAUCAAAGCAAUGGUGUCUUAAACUAACUCACAUAAUUCCAAUCCGAUUUUAAACAUUGCUGAAUAUAGCAUUAUGCAGUAUGAAUGUAGUAUGCAAAUAUAAAUCAUUUAAUAUGUUUCUGUGAGUUGUGAGUUUUGGCACUACUUCAAUAUGUGACCUUCAUGGCUGCAAAUAGUGUCACGACAACACGAUGAACGUUUUGGUCCUCCAGUUAGCCAGGCGUGGAGGUAUCAUUGUGUACUUUGAGGAAAGUCUCUUAGGAUGUCUUCUUUCGUCUAUUGAGUUGAUAUAGAAUAUGCAUUGAAAAUUCGACUUGACCUUUUAUUUUAUUUUAUUAACAAAAGGCUCCAGCAUCGGCUCAUCAAUUUAAAUCCUGUGCGUCAAUCAUUGUGUUGUCAAUAAAAGAUAGUUUUUUUAAAGUUUACCGCGUCAUAUGAAUGAUUCCCUGUUAUCCAUGUUGGACAACUGACAUUGUAUUCAAUAAUUCGUCGUUUCAAUGAAAAGGGUUUAAAAACAGUUUGCACCUCCCUCCUCACUUUUAAGAAAAAUGUGGCCAAGAAACAAUUUUGCUGCCUAAUAAGUGUUGUG